GCCCAGGUGUCCCUGUUCCGCUGCACCCUGCUCUCCUCCCUCCUCCUCGUCGGCAGCAUCCAUGAGACGGAGCAGAACAGCUACUGCCAGCAGAUCGUCACCGAUGGGCACCUGGACCAGCUGCAGGAGCUGGCGGACACGCAGAUGCAGCAACCGGGCACGGUGUCCUACAGCUUCAUCAGCAAGAUGCGGCUGAAUGAUUCCGUCUGCUACGUGAAAGCCGCCUUCCCCUUGCUGGGCACGAUCCUGAACAGGACGACGUUCAAAGAGAACUCGACGAACGCCAGGAGGAUGAAGAUGGUGCGCAGGAUGUAUGAAAACAUCGACGAGAACGUGGAGCCCUGCAUCAGGGAGGAGGACGACGAGGAGCGCGCGCUCUCCGAAAUGUGCUUCGAGGAGUUCACCACGUCCCCCUACGAGAUGCUGGUGCUGGUGAGGUGGUUCUUCAAGGACAUCAAGCAGCUGCUGCAGAGCAAGGAGACCUUCGAGAAGGACUGCAGCCAGGUGUACCGCAGCGCGUGUGCGGGGCCCCGCCAGCACGGCCCCUCCCCAGGUGUGGGGACAGAUCCUGACUGCAAUUGCCUGUCCCCUGCCCUCCCUUCUGCCACCCAGCCCUCCCUCUCUGCUGCCACCCGUGCCGGCAGGGACGUGGCACCCGCUAGCGCCCAGGUCCCUUACCGCCAGCUCGGCGGCACCCUGGCUGAGUUAGGCAGCGAUGCCCCAUCUGAGCCCCCCAGUAGCAUGGAGGGCAGCUCGGGGGCCGAGGAACUGCCAGGAACCGGGCUCGGCGACGCGUCGGCGCCGUCCCCCACCAUGCAGCAGACGCUUGGAGCCCUCCUGGAUCCGGCCGCCAGCGCCAGCCCGAAGGCUGAGGACAUGUCCGCCCCAUCCCACGGGAUGCUGGAGGAGGGCGCCGGGACCCCCGUCCUCCCACAUCAGUCCCCUUCACCCCGAGGGAUCAGCGCGGCGAUGCCGGCGGCGGCGCCCAGCAGCGGCUCUGCGCAGCGCAGCGGGGCCGGGCGCAAUCCCACCGAGACCCCCGAGCGGGUCACGCAGCUCCGCUUCUCCAGGAUGGCUCCGCUGGCGCGGGGACGGGCGGCGGGCGGCCCCGGGGACGGGGCGAGGGCGCGAGGCUGGGGGCUGAGCCGGCUGCGGGAGCCCGAGGACGGCGGGGCCGGACCCAGCUUUGAUUCGAGCUUUGUUCUGAGCGCAGAGCAGCGCAGGAAGGAGCUGACAGCCGCCAGCGAGGGCCACCGGGAGCUCCUGGUGUACGUCGCGGUGGGCAGCGUCGUGGCCGUCUUGCUGGCCGUGGGGGGGCUGCUCUUCUACAAGCAUAAAUCCAAGGUCCUGCAGCGGCCGCUGGAAGAGGGGGGCUGCGACCCCGAGGAACCGGAGAGGAGGGCGCUGCGGGGAGCGGCGGGGUGCACGGAGCUGGAGACGCAGGAGCUGUGAGGGCCCCCGCUGGGACGUGACGCUGCUCGGGGGCACGGAUGGGGACGCUCCUCGCUGGGCGAUGGAGGGCUGCUGAGUGGCCUCCCCCGGCGGCAAUGACCCCCAGCCCCCGUCCCGCAGCCGGAGCCCGCACAGCCCAUGGGCGAGGACAGAAGGACGGUGCUGCCCGGCAGGACCCUGGCACUGGGGAGCAAUGGGCUGCACGGCACCGAGGGGCUCCGCGGGGACGGCGUUGGAUGCGGCCAAGCAGCGAAUGGAACAUCUCCCCGCAUCCGUGUUUCCCGUGGCCGUCGCUCCUCUCCCACGCCCGGUGCAGCAGGACUCUGGGCACCCCGUAUGGGGGGAUCCCCCCCCCCCCGCCAUGUCCCACGGCCCGGACUGCAAAGGGGAAACCCUCACACUGUGAAUAUUUAAGACCCGCGGUGCCGUCCCCGUCCCGCACUCCCGAGCCGGCCUCGGGAGCCGCCCAGCGCCGCUCUGCGCAGGAAGGCUCUAUUUCAACGCGGUGGAUAAACGCUUUUAUCCAACAGAUGCACUUUGGGGGGGGGGGGGGCUCCCCCCUCCCUGCAGGGUUAUUGCUGCGAGCUGGCCUCGCCCCAGACUGGAUUUUGUUGUUGGAGCAAAGCGCGGGGCUUGGGGGGGGGGGGCAGUGGUACCCGGGCUGCAUCCCCCCCCCAACCCGCACAGCAUCCCUCCACUCCCCCCCUCCCAGCACUGCUCCUG